CGAUAUUGUUUGUAAUUUCAUAGUCAGUGAAGCUCGAGAACGCAGCAACAUUCCCACAAGCUUUGCUCGCCAUGGCAGUAGCUUCAGCUUUUACUGCAUCUCUCUGUUUCUCUGUCUCUUCGCACAAUAGAGCAUCAUCCGUUCCUCAGCUUUCUCGCCGAAAUUCACGCAGGUCGAUAGUUUCUGCCAUCCCGAGACCGUAUGGAGACUCUUCAACAAUUGGAUUAUCGAGCAAAACAGUUGGGACACCUUUAAACCUUGACGAAGAUUUUCUUCACACCAGUACAAGUUAUGGACCUAUAAUGGCCAAGAAAGGCAAUCCACCAAUUAUGCCUGCAGUGAUGACACCAGGAGGGCCUUUGAAUCUCUCUUCUGUGUUAUUUAGGAAUCGUAUCAUAUUUAUUGGUCAACCCAUCAACUCUGCCGUUGCACAGCGAGUUAUAUCACAGCUCGUGACACUAGCAACCAUUGAUGAGGAGUCGGAUAUCCUGGUAUAUCUGAAUUGCCCUGGUGGAAGUACGUACUCAAUAUUAGCAAUUUAUGAUUGCAUGUCUUGGAUAAAGCCUAAGGUUGGCACAGUGUGCUUCGGAGUUGCUGCAAGCCAAGGGGCUCUUCUCCUUGCAGGUGGAGAAAAGGGAAUGCGCUAUGCUAUGCCAAAUUCUCGAAUUAUGAUACAUCAGCCACAAAGUGGAUGUGGGGGUCAUGUGGAAGAUGUUAGACGCCAAGUCAAUGAAGCAGUUCAAUCACGCCAUAAAGUUGACAUGAUGUAUGCUGCAUUUACUGGCCAACCAUUAGAGAAAGUACAACAAUACACGGAGAGGGAUCGGUUUUUGUCUGUUUCUGAGGCUUUGGAGUUUGGGCUUAUCGACGGUGUGCUCGAAACAGAAUACUGAGUUUGGAUUUGGCGAACUCUGAUCAUUCAUCAGCUAUAUGUGCACUAUACAGUGCUUUGAUUAUGCAGAACUUAACUUCUGAAUGGGGCUCAUCCAUGCUUUGAUACAGAACAAUCAAAUUUUCAGGCACGUGCAUCUUUUCACUGGUAAACUCUCAAAUCCUCCGAAUCAAUGCACAUGAGCUGUUGUUUGAGAACACAAUGAUUUAUUUGCAGCCAAGUCGAUAUUUAAUGCCAUUCUUGUCAAAAUUCCUGUUCUUCAAAUUGUCUUCUUGGACUGUCACCUUGGCUAGGGCCUGAACAUGAUUAGAGUAUACUGAAAUCAUGUUUGAAAGCUACGGUCAGAUUUAAGAUUGUCUUUUUAAAUAAGACUACUUUGAACUGCAUAAUACCUUACUAUCUACACUGUUUCUGU